AUGUCAGCGCUCCAGUAUAAGGGUUUUGAGCUGAGUUGGCUACGGCGAGGAUUGACCAAUCUCGUUGGAAGUCAGCACUUGGUCAGAUACGGUACGGGUGGCAGGCCACCGAAGGCAGCUGACCAUGUCGGCGGUGGAAGCCAAAUGGUCAUUUUUGAUUUACGUUCAUGGUUCCAAUCCCAAGCCAAUCCCAGGAGAAUAAUCACCAAGGGAUAUCCUAGCUCGAGGAACGGUAUUCACGGUAGUCAGAUAGUGACUAAUCAUAUUACUAGCUGCGAUGUUACCAGCCAGAUGGUAAUAAUUAUUAUCCAGAUGGAGUUCAAUUGUUACUUUUUAUUAACAGAAAUUCCAAAGUUCACAAAUACUGGUGACUCAGACAAAGAAGAAUUACGUGAAGAUAAUUUGGAAAAAAACAACACAGUUGACUCAACUGAAAAGGAUCUAGAAGAAGCAGUUGUAAAGAUACAAGCUGUGUUUCGAGGACACCAUACCAGAAAGAGUAUGAAAGGAACAGAAACUACAUCGCAGCAAAAGCAAACCAAAGUGGAGAGUGAACCAACACAAGAACAGCUGCAGGAAGAAUUUCGUGCGGAUGACGUUGAAAUUUGCAUUCAAUUUUUUGACGAAUAA